AUGGGAGACUUCAGCCUCAUUCUUACUCCCUUUGGGGGCUUGGUUGAAGCCGAGCCGACAUACAAACCGAAUACUACGAUCCGUCACGUUAAAUGCGGAGAAGAGAAACCAGAGUGCAAUAAAUGCACCUCCACAGGACGGAAAUGCGAUGGCUACACAGAAGCAUCCCAGAAACAACUUCACCAAGUGAUCGUUACGUCUGCUUCUCAAUAUGCUUGGGGCCUGAGCCACGACCGGAACCUUGUGCUCGUCCCGGGCACACGAGAAGAGCGCGAAUAUGUACAAUUUUUCUCUACGCAAACGGCGCAUGCUCUAUCAGGCUUUUUCCCAUCAGAUUUCUGGACCAAGUUCCUCCCACAAUUAAGCCAUUUAAACCCGGCCAUUCGGCACGCCGUGGCCGCCGUGGGUGCUUUGCACCAGCGUCAACUACGGGGCACAUUUUUGUCUGCGAAUGCUGACUCGGGCGAGAAUAAAGUGUUUGCACUGCAACAAUAUAAUAAAGCCAUCCAAAAAUUUCUAGAGCAGAUGGGCAAACCGAACGACAUGGAGAUCGACAAGAUGCUGAUUCAAUGCGUUCUAUUCAUCUGCCUCGAAAUGUUGAAUGGAAAUAUCAAACAGGCAAUGGAUCACGUCGAGGGUGGAUUGAAAAUUUUAACAAGACAGCUUCAGCAUAACAAGCCUGCAGCCCAGGGUGGACCUGGGAGAGAGCUCUCCCAGUUUUUCUAUCGCCAAAGGAUUCAAUUGUCGUAUUUCGGUCGGCAGCUUGUCCUAUCCACGGACAUGGUUUCUAACGAAGAUAUGUUUUCAGCAUUGGACGGAACGCUUGUUUUCCACAAUAUUGAUCAAGCACGAGACUGUUUGACAAAUGUCAUGACUCGGGGCAUGUUCUUCAUUCGCUCAGUACAGUCCCAAGUUUGGGCAUCCCCGCAGGAGCCAUUGUCUGAGCAGCAAAUCCAGCAGCAAGCUAAUCACCUGGAGGAGGUCAAAGGUUGGCGCAAAUCCUUUGAGAGACUGAGAAAGAGGUCAGCGAAGACAAUUGGUGUAUCAGAUCCACGUGCGCCGCUUUCUAUGAUAUGUCAAUGUUACGCUGCAGAGAUAUGGCUCAGUACGUGCACCUCGCUAGACGAGAUGAAUUUCGACAACUUCAAUGUGUAUUUCGAAAAUAUUGUAUCAGCAGGAGAACAGCUGGUCGAGCUUUGCCCAAAGGCGGAAUCGAACGCAGCCACGGAGCACUUUUUCCUGGAUGCGGAGGUCAUGCCAGUAUUGUAUUGGACUACUCUGCGGUGUCGACACCCAAUAUGGCGACGAAGAGCCCUAAGCGCGCUAUCAAGUUACCCAGCUAGAGAAGGGCUGUGGGAUAAAGGAUUGCAUCUCGCCGUUGCAAGAAGACUUAUUGAACUCGAAGAAAUAGCUCUUGUGCAUCUCCCCGUUGAGCAGAGAGUUCCCAGCGAGCGCCAAAGAAUAUACGACGCGAUGAUUAGCCCUGAUAUGGAGUCGAUUAUCAAACCAUGUCCUGUCUGUUUCCACUACAAGUCGCAGGGGCCUAUGGGACCCUGGGACGCUCACUGGGAAAACGUGUGUUGGUGA